AUCAUUUACUACUGUUCCUGCUCCUACCUUUCACACCUACUGCAUGUCCACACAAUCAUUAUUACUAUAAAUAUGUAGCAAGUUUGCCUUCCCAUGCAUUCCAUUUCAAGCAAAAAUAUUCUUGACUGCUGAGGUAGAGCCACCAUUUAUCACAGUUUGCAGCAAACACAUUUUUUGUGCGAUGGCAGCACCAACUUCGAUAUCUUUCGCAGUCCGAAGGUGCGAACCAGAAUUGGUUGCACCAGCUAAGGCCACACCUCAUGAAUUCAGACAGCUUUCUGAUAUUGAUCGCCAACUAUACCUCCAAUUUCAAUCACCAGGUUACAGCUUGUAUGCACACAAUCCAUCGAUGCAAGGGAAAGAUCCUGUGAAGGUAAUAAAGGAGGCAAUUGCGCAGGCACUUGUGUAUUAUUACCCUUUUGCUGGUAGGAUUAGACAAGGGCCAGACAAUAAGCUUAUAGUAGAGUGUACUGGUGAGGGUGUCUUGUUCAUCGAAGCCGAUGCCGAUGCCACGGUUGAGCAGUUUGGUGAUCCAAUUCCAUCUCCAUUCCCAUGCUUUCAGGAACUUCUUUACAGCGUCCCUGGAUCAGAAGAGAUCCUCAAUACCCCAUUAUUGCUUUUUCAGGUGACACGCUUGAAGUGUGGUGGUUUUGUACUUGGGUUCCGUUUUAAUCACCCAAUGACCGAUGCACUCGGCAUAGUUCAGCUAUUGAAUGCCAUAGGUGAGAUUGCACGAGGUGCUCAAUCCCCUUCAAUUCUACCUGUGUGGCAAAGGGAACUCCUCUGUGCUAGGAAUCCGCCACGAGUUACAUGAAGACACAAUGAAUAUGGUAAUGAUGCUCCUGUUGCUGUUGAUCCUACAGCCAAGGUGCCUGAAUUCCACGGCCAGGUUCACGCUGUAGCCCACCGUAGUUUUGUUCUUAACCGCAAGGAAUUAUCCAACAUCCGUAGAUGGAUUCCUUCUCACUUACACCC